AUGAACAAACAAAAGAAUUUCUGUUGGAACAUAAUCUCCUUUCAGAGCGAUGAAUAUUCAGGGACUUCUGGUAUUUGUUUAUGUAUUAAUGUUUAUCCUAUUUCUUUUUCGCUUUCUUUCUUUUUUCUUUCUUUCUUUCUUUCUUUCUUUCUUUGUUUCUUUCUAUUACUUUCUUUCCUUCGUUCUUACUUUCUUUCUUUUACAUUCUUUCCUUCUUUCUUUCUCUUACUUUCUUUUCUUUUUUUCUUUCCUUCCUUCCUUCUUUCUUUCUCUUACUUUCUUUCUUUUUCUUUCUUUCCUGCUUUUUUUUUUUUUCUUUCUUUCUUUCUUUCUUUCUUUCUUUCUUUCUUUCUUUCUUUCUUUUUCAGCCUUUCUUGCUUUCUUUCUUUUUUCUUUAUAGCUCUUUCUUUCUUUUUUCUUACUUCCUUUUUGUCCUCUUUCUUUCUUUCUUUUUUCCAGGAUUUUACCUAA